AUGGCUUCCGUGUAUAAGACUGUUUCCAAAAAGAACUCCCGGCCAGUUGCCGAGGAGUUUAGCGACGACGAGGAUGUGGACAUGAACGAGUUCCUCGACGGGGCCGACGACACCAGCGACAGUGACGAAGAGGAGGAAGUUUCGGAGGAGACCAAGAAGCAAUUACCUACGGGGUCUAUGCCUAAGACUCGUGUGUUGAUGUUGACAUCGCGAGGUGUGACAUUUAGGCAUCGUCACCUGCUGAACGAUCUUACUGCUCUGCUCCCUCACACGCACAAGGAAAGCAAACUGGAUACCAAGAAGAAAACUGCCGGAUACAACCUCCUGCUCAACUCGCUUGCCGACCUGCACUCCUGCAACGUGAUCUUCUUCCUGGAAGCUCGCAAACACGGUGAAGAUACAUAUCUCUGGCUGUCGCGCCCUCCGAACGGACCGACGAUCAAGUUCCACCUCACCAACUUGCACACCACGGGAGAACUGGGCACAGGAUUCGCCGGGAACUGCCUGAAGGGCGGACGUGGCCUCGUGGUCUUCGACCGCUCGUUCGACGAAAACGGGCCUGCUGGCACCGAAUACCGGGGUCUGAUCAGAGAGAUGCUCCGUGGUGUGUUCUGCGUGCCCAAGCGUGGCGUGCGAGGCAUGAAGCCGUUCGUCGACCGCAUUAUCGGUAUCUUUGGUGUUGACGGGAAGAUCUGGAUUCGCGUCUAUGAGAUCCGAGAAUCUGAGCCUGGAAGCAAGAAAAAAUCUGAAGGCGAGGAGGAGGAUAAGACCGCCAAACCGGCGGCCAAGGGUAAAGGCAAGGACCGUGGGCCGGAGGUGUCGCUCGUUGAGAUCGGCCCGCGCUUUGUUCUCACACCGAUUGUCAUCCUCGAGGGAAGCUUCGGUGGUCCCGUCAUCUAUGAGAACAAGGAAUAUGUCAGCCCCAACCAGGUUCGUCGGGAGAUCCGCAUGAAGAAGGCUGAUAACAGGAUGAUGUUGGCCUUUCUGCCCCCAGAGCUUUUGCUCCAGGUGUUCGCGUCCUGCGUCUCAGUCUUGGAUGUCCUAAACCUCGCCGCUACCAGUCGCCACCUGCGUCGAGUCUUCCAGGCAGCCAGCAACAGAAUACCGAUCCUGAUGAAUGUUGCGGAGGUGGAGUUUGGCCCAGUGCAGGACAUCAUUCAACUCGUUACCCACAAUGACAGCCAACCUGUCCACAUUCUACGCGAGCCACCUAUAUCUGAUGCCCUCUUGCGCCAGGUUGUCGAAUUCGGCCGGGUCGCUCAGAGAUGGGAGGAGAUGUACCCGUUUAAGAAAUGGAAGGUUGACUUUGAGAACCGUCGCUCACUCGGUCAGUUGGAGCGCUUUCGUCUACGCCGUGCCGUCUAUCGUCUCUGGCUUUACCAUCGGGCGUUCCAUGUCGAGGCGUAUGAUCGUUUCUCGCGUGAUCGGCGUCAUGUCGUUGUCGACCGCGCCCGGCUGCUUCAUAACUGGACUACGGGCGAGUUGGCUGAGAUUGAAGACCUGCGCAAAAUCAUCCACGAAGUUAUCGAGAAUAACAUCUGCCCUAGCAAUGGGACCAUCCGGCGAAAGUUUCGCAAACGCUUCCCUGAGACUUCCCACCAGCCCCUGAACAUUCACCUCAAUUAUCCGCUCACUACACCCUCCUUGACGAACGGACUCUUCGCUCCCUCUACCGAGCAGCACUUCUUCACUGCACACCCGCCACCCGGCCCCGAGAACGACAGCUUCAAGCGUUGCUUCCGGUUCCACACACCCAUAUCCAACGACCCUGGAACCGACGUCUGGCCGGGAUGGGGCGACGACAUCCCCCAUUAUUACCUUGUCCAAGACAUGAUGAAGCUGGAUCCAUCCCAGGUCCUGUGGCUACGCAGCCAUGCCCCACUCAAAGACCAAGUGGAAGCCUACGUCCGCACUCUGGGGGAUUGGUUCCGCGACAACGGCGAGACCUUUGGAGAUACGCUCCGCUUCGUGCUCGAGCAGAGAGGCGAGAACGCGGACGAAGUGCAUCUUAUGAUCGACGACCGCGUCUUGGGGAUUGUCCAGGAUGACAAUUGGGACAGCGACUGA